AUGUCAUUAUCUUUGUCAUUAUUUCGUAGAGGAUUAUUUAAUAAUGUAAAAGGUUCCUUUUUAUCACCUUCGAUAAGAAUAACAAGACCGCCACACAGAAUAUUAUUAUCAACAGCGGCUCAAGAAAAUGAUACUAAUAACAGUAAGAAUGCCCCAGCUUCUGAAAAAACUGAAAAAGUUGAAGAAAUCGAUGAUUCUGCUGUAAAAGAUAAACAAAUAGCUGAGCUUAAGGAUAGUUAUCUUAGGUGUUUAGCAGAUAUGGAAAAUUUACGAGAACGUACACGUAAAGAAGUAGAAAGUACAGCACAAUUUGCUAUACAAAAAUUUGCCAAAGAUUUACUUAAUACAGUAGAUAUUUUAAAUCUAGCUUUAUCUUCCGUUCCUGCUGAAGUUCGCAAUGAUACUCAAAACAAUCCUCAUUUAGUUAAUUUAUACACUGGAGUUUCUUUAACUGAAUCUGAAUUAUUAAAUAUUUUAAGGAGACAUGGUGUUGAAAAAAUUGAACCUUUAGGUCAAAAAUUUGAUCCUAAUCUUCAUGAAGCUAUUUAUCAAGUUAAUGACCCUAAUAAAGAACCUGGAAUUGUUUGUGAUGUACAAAAAGUUGGUUAUUCUUUAUUUGGUAGAGUUAUUAGGCCUGCUCAGGUUGGAGUUAAUAAUAGUUAG